CACCCUUUCGUCUCUCAUCGAUCCUGCAGCCGCCCGCGCCGGCCUGUCUAUAUAGCUGUAUAUAUAAUUACAAAACGCGCGCACACGGGCCAUCGAGACGAGAGAUAUACCUCUGCACACCCAUCUAAGUACAUAAUAUAAAUAUGUAUAAUACUUGAGGAACGCCGAGAACUGCGAAACUUGCAGGUGUGGUGCUUUUGCAAGCUCUGCAGACUUUCUCUCUGCUCUUUUGAGUUGUUGUUGUUGUUGUUGUUGUUGUAUACAUACACCUACACCUACUCAUAUGUAUAUACAUAUAAAUACAAUGUGCCGAACAGCUACACGUUCUCUGGCAAUUGUUGAUGUAUGAAACAUGCCACACACAGCUGAGAGUAACAACAAAUGAAAGGUGUAAGGCGCUCGUAUCCCCUAUAUAUUUAUAACGAGAGAAGAGAUACAAUUAACAGCCGCGAAUAAUGCACGCGCAUCAUCAUCAUAGGUGUAAAAAAAUUACGCUUGAGCACGAUGAGCAUCAGCAGCAGCAGCAGCAGCAGCAGUAGUAGCAGCAGGUGGACCUGCAUCGACCGCCAGCGUUCACCGAGCUGACGACGACGCCGCCCGAUGAUUGCAGGCGUAAAGGUCAUGCUGGCGUGUACGAGAACUCAGUAGGACCACCAGCAGGCUAUACCUACAUAAUUAUAUACUUACAGAGAAGAUAAUCAUCGUGGGUUACCUCCUACAAGUUUGGGGAGAACAAAAAACAAACUAACACACCUGAGGUGCGCGGUGCUGCGAGAUGUAUUGCUUUCAGAAUCCGUUUUCUCGGGCGACGCGUAGCGUCGUGACUAAUCCCCUCGCGGGUGGGGGCACAAAGUGCACCUCGAAGCCGAAACGGCGCAAUUCCGAGGCGGCCAGCGAAGGGGAUUCCGGCUCGUCCUCGAUUCGUUACAUAGAUCAGCUGUCCGAGGCGAGCAGCACCGACACCCUGCCCGGCAUUCGUAGCGACUACCUCGACGCCGAGCUCCUCAGUCCGGGACCCGAUUGUCUCGCCUCGCCGACCAUCGUCUUCACCAGCGAGCCCCCCGUCCCCGGCAACGGUCUGGAAGCCCUCACCCCCACGGACGACGACGACGACGACGACUACGACAAUGACAACGACAACGGAGCCGAGGAGGACAAACCCGGCUGUGGUUGGCGGCGCAAGCUCCUCCUGAAGCUACGCUCCAGCGAGUCGUCCAACUCGAGCCACUGCAACUCCUCUGCCUCGCCCAGCGAGGAGAACUUGGCCCCGAAGACGUCGCCUCCUCCUCCUCCUCCUCCUCCUCGCGCCGACGAUGCGGGCAACGGUUGCAUCGGUAACGGCAAUUGCCUGCUGGCCUCCUCGAAGCACCGACAGCCGGGCUAUUCGAACGGCUCGACGAGUAUGCUGUUGGGGGCCUCGGAGCGUGACGAGCCGAGCGAGGACGAGGACGAGGAUUACGACGACGCGUACAAUUUGGAGGAAACCGAGCCCGAGGACAAUUCGUCGCUGCCCUCGAGUCCCGCAGCCCCGGCCACGGUGGGCCUGGCCACAGGUGGGCCGAUGCCCUCGUACUACGGCUUCCUCUCGGUCGGUGGGGCCGCGUUGCGCCACCAGGAGAACACGAGCACGAGCUCGCCCCAGCUGUCCUCGGCCGAUGCCCUCGAGCACGCGCUCGUCAACGGAGGGGGCUCGAUCGGCGGCGGUGGUGGUGGUGGUGGUUGCCUGAUGCUCCUCGACGAGACGUCCUCGCUGCGGGAGGAAAAGCGGGCCAGCAGCAACGAGACGGUCUCACUAAAGUCCCACCACUUGAAACCCGAGCCGGGCCUCGAGGCGAGCGUUUGCCUGCCGGUGGCUCGCUCGUGCCCGAAUCUCGAGCGCCAGAGCGCCGGUUGCUCGAGCGCGAGCGGCUCGUCCAGCCCGGUCCCGAGCCCCGGGCCUGCCGGGCCGCGCUUCAAGCCCAUCGAGGAGGGCGACAUACAGGUCUGCUCGCUCAACCACACGCGCACCCUCGUCAGCAAGAUACUCUCCAGCCGGUUUCUCAGGCGCUGGGAGACCCACCACCUCUACCUCAACGAUGCCUGUCUCUCCUCCAAAACGCUGACUGGGUUUUUUCAACAGCCAGUGCCGUACAGUAGCAUGACUGAAGUUUACGCUGUCGAGAGGUGGGACCCGACCUAUAAAUACUGCCUAAGAAUCGUUUUGCCUGACGGAUCGCUCCUCCUCCAGGCGAGUAAUGCCUACACACGGGAUCAGUGGUACUACUCUAUACUCUGGAAGAAGAGCAUCUUCAGGUACCAAAAAGUGAUGGUGAGCGCGAUCAAAGAGGAGAUUGUGCUGCGAGAGCUCAAGUCUCUUGUUGACUUUGCCCUUUGGACUCCACUACAGGACGAGCGGGUAGCCGGCGUGCCUCUGGAGGCAGUGGCUAAGCUACUCGAGGAGCCACCACAUCUCGAGCGGUGUCUUGAUUACGACAAGAAAAAGCUGGACGAUGACGAGGUGGAAAACAACGAGAAAACGGGGGAUCAGGAGGAGGAGGAGAUGGACGGGCCGCUGAUAAUCACGGGUCUGAGCGACGAGGACGAAGAGGAGGACGAGAGCGAGCGCGAGGCGCGCUGCUGGGCCGAAGCCGUGCUGGGCGUGGCAGGGCCCCUGUUGGAGCGCGCGGCCCCGCCGGUCGGUCUGGCCCGCGCUCUUGCCCGGCUGGCCCGGCGUCACCCCCGUUCGUCCAUCGUCCAGGCACUUCGGCCCGCUGUCACGCGCUGCCUCAAGCACACCGUCGACUUUGGCAAGUCGCCCGACAUGCGCCGUUUGCUCCAGGUCUUUGUCGCGGCGCUCCACGAGGCCGUGGACGGUGAGCGCGCCCUCCGGGAUUACAUUGCCUCGGUUCACGGCCCGGGCAGCGACUGCCCCCAUCCCCGGGUCCUCCCCAAUCUCGUCUCCAUCUGCGUUGCCGCCAUAUUUCACAGAUUUGAAGUGAGCUCUUGCAAGCACCAACAGCCAGAAGAGGGCGCACCCACGUCACUGCCACCCUUAAGAUGCUAUCUCCUCGUCUUGAAUAUUGCGUCCGAGUACUCGGACUGGCGGCCAGGUUUGGGUGCUCUACUGCAACCAGUUCCGUUUCCCGAAGACGCUCUGGCCAACAAGGAGGUCCAGGACUCGGUGAUCUCGUGCGUGAUGCAUAGAUUGGCGAAGGACCCGCGCUGCACGGUCCAUCGGGUACUGCUGCCCGUGCGGGAGCCUCGACCCGGUUGGAUACACAUUGCCGCCCCCUCAAGCCCGGCCUGUCCCGACGAUGGCCAGAUCUUCGGGGAAAUGUUGACAACACUGCUGGCUUGCUGUUGCCGAAGGAAACGCUUCAUAAGCUCGUUGCUGAAGCAGACGGGCGGCGCGUGCGUCUUACUGGGGGUGCGGGGUUGCGACGCGGCCCAGGAGGCGCUGUGCCUCAUGCUCGAGUGGCGCCUACUGCCCAACGAGGAGGCCCGGCUCCAAGUCGUCUCGGCCCUACAGUCCACCGAGUCCGGCAAAACCAGAUACGCGGCGCUCUGCCAGAGACAGAAGAACCUCCAGGAGCUCCAACAAAAGGGUGGCCCGCGCAAGCUCACGCUGCCAGUUCGGGCGACAGACGCGGACGUGGCAUUGCUACUGGGCAACGGUGCUCUCGGCAACCUCGAGUGCCUGAGCUUGGCCUUUACUUCUGUCACUUCGGCGUGCGCCGAGCAGCUCAUCAAGCUACCCGCCCUCAGGUACCUCAACCUAUGGGCCACGCAAUUUGGUGACACUGGCUUGCAGAUGAUAAGCGAACACCUACAAAAGCUCCAAGUGCUCAAUCUCUGCGAGACGCCUGUCUCCGACAAGGGUAUUUCCACCCUUGCCUCUCUGACAAAUCUGCGCAAGCUGAACUUGAACAGCACGAAACUGUCGGCUUCGACCUUUGAGGCUCUGAAGAAGCAGCUGCCCUCCUUGCAGGAGUUUGACGUGCGCUACACCGAAGCCUGGUGACCCGAGUACACGCCCAAGACGCCGUCCAACGGCUGUUCUCGGGAAAACUCGCGACGCGCGAAAAAGUUCGCCUAAACGGGAAUCAGCGAUGGGGUACGGGGAGGACCGGCCGAAACUUGGUGCCUAUCGCAUGCAUGAGAUGAUAAAUAAGGGGACAGAUGGAUCCGAUGGUGACGGAAGAUGAGAAAAUAGUUAAUCAAUUACAAAUAUUGGUCGCUAUGUUUUUUGGCAGCGCUGCCGCCUAUCGUAGUUUACCACUAUCAUUCGUACCCUAACUCGGCAGGAUGUUUGUCCCAAAACUUUCCCUCAAAAGAUCCGACGAUGUCAAAUCAUCUAUAACACAUCGUAAUGGAUACAGCAAUUCACUACACCUAUACAAUAUUAUUGUAAGACUCCAUGGUGACGGUCAUCACUGUAUACCUGCACCAGCGGGCCCCAUCGGUACUUGUACAUUAUUUAUGAAUCUACCUCAUGAAUCAUCUUUUGUUCAAAAGUUUUGGGACAAAAAUACCCUCGUACCAGCUACACGUACUUCACCCACCCGACGUUGUCGUUUGACGAAAAAAAAAAAUUAAUCUACUGUUAUACUGCACCCAAUUCCACCUCACUUUUCCUCCUUCCCUCUUCUUCUCUUCAUCCAACAUUGCCUUUUGAUCACUAAAUAUUUUAUAAUCUCCGUUUGCGCUUUCAGGCGAAUAUAAACAGUUCCAAGUAAGUUACGCGUAAACGCUAUCUACUAAUUACUACAGCUAACUUCGAUCUUACCAUUUCUUCAGGUUUAAUCGGCCGAGAGGCCAGCCAUCCCAAUCCCUUAAUCGACAGAUUACCCUUCCUGUUAAGCGGGCUCUUAAUUUCGAGUUGUUUCACUUUUGUACUGUACCUGUGCAAAGUAUUAUUAUUACAUACAAUUGUUACGUUGUACAAGAAUUUAAUUCCAAGUUUGUUCCUAUGUUAAACUUGAUCAAUAAUCAAUGGCACAUAAAUACAUGUCGUAUAAGUACAUGCAUUCGUUAUAGAAAUACACGUUAUAGUAUAGUUUUUCGUUGAUUUCUAAGGUGCAAGCAAUACUAAAAAAAAAAAAAUAAAAUAAAAAAUCACUAAAUACAUUUUUUAAGUAUUAUAAUUAUACAUUCGUUCGUCUUCGAUGAUGACAUAAAUUAACCUUGGCGUUAGGUGUUUGCAUUUGUCCCUAUAGAUAAAAAUACUAUGCGGCGAAAGUUUUCUCUGAAAGUUAUAUCUCUUCAGGUGUAUGUAAAUAUUCGUAAUUAUUAACUCGAAUGUUCACUGAAGCCAUGCCAUUUAAAAUAAACAAAAAAUUACUUGAAUGUUGCAUUUUUCAAACAAACGGAUAUGAAUUCAUUAGAUUGGACUUUUGGUUCAAUUAAGUUGUUUCGCUAAACAAUGAAUGCCUGAUUUUUAUUAAAAAGUAUGAUGGGUAUACACGUUUUUUAAAAAAACUGCAUUGAUACUACUUGAGAUAUCUCUCAAUAAAUUAAUUUUUUUCCCAUAAUCGACUGUAUUGGAUGAAACCGUCUAUUUUUGAUCAUGUACAAGAUAAAAAUGUCAGCCAGACAAAAAACAUUAUGUUUUUGCUUAAAAAAAAAAAAAAAAAAAAAAUCAAUUUCCAUUAAAAAAGAAAAAAAAUAAUAAUAAAAAAAAACUAAUGGAGCAAGGCCCAAUUAUCACAUCGAAAGUUUCUCUAUGCGUUUUCUGCACAUAUCAAUGUGAAUUGUCCAAGCGGACGUACGAUUUUAAAUUAAUACGGUACAUAAUUACUUAUUGUGAAAUUUAUUGACUUUUCGAAUGUCACUCAACUAUAUGAAGUUUUCAGAUGGUUUUGAGCACAGAUAGUAUAAAGAUAUACAAUAAAAUUAAUUAAAAUCUACGAAAGCUUGGUGAAAGUCUAAGAAAAUCUAACAACCUUGCGGGUGGUGGUGUAUUCGUGUAAGUGUGAAUAUAUGUCUUGACCGUAAAAUUGAAAAAUUGAAAAACAAAAAAAAAAUAAAAUAAAAUACACGCUUAGAAGAGACUGAAAACGGUGGAGAAAUAAAAAUUUUCAUUUAUCGAAGAAAAAUUACACUUUUUAAAGUUUUGAAAUAAUAAGAUUUAAGAAGCAUACACGUCACUUUACGUCGAUUCGAAUGUCUCUGCUGGUUGAAUUAUUGAGAAUUUUUGAAUUUUGAAUUAAUUUUUAUUUGUACAUAAACAAGUUGAGAAAGUUGCCACUGAUCGCACAUAGUACCAAUUAUAAUUAAUAAUAAUUAAUAACAAUAAUAGUAAUAAUAGUAAUUUUGAUUCUAUGUAUUCCUUAAUGCAAGGUCUGAAAUUAAUUUCAAUACCAUUUCCAGUCGUAGACGAAAAGUAGGGUAGCAGCCGUUCAUUAAAAGUUAAAAUGAGAAAAAAAAAAAAUUAAACUCGCGACUGACUGCCCUAGCAAAGAAAAGAUCAAAUAAAUAUAUACAUUCAAAGUCUUAUACCAUAAAUAUUGCGAUUUAAGUGUAAACACUGCCAGGUGCUCCUGUUCGACGUCAAGUAUUAGACGACCGGCCAGUCUUGCGGCAAGGGCACGCCGAUUUAUCGAUUUUGUGCAUUUGCAUUGAUAUGUAGGAUUGUUGCAAGCAUCCUAUAUAUGUAUAUUAAAACACGAAAGAUAAAAUAUUUCAAAAAGAAAAAUCACAAACACAUUGUAAUGAUUAAAUAAAAUCGAUUUUAGUGUACAUAAGUAAGCGCAAGGAAAAAAAGUUAUAAGAUUAAUUGUUUAUUUCAAAUAGAUCAUAUUUAUACGUAACGUUAAU